AUGUUAUGCGUUCGUUUAAUUCUUCUAACAAGUUUUCUUAUUCCAUUAAUUAAUUGUCAAACAAUUUAUGAAUUAUUAAAUUCAUUCCGAUUUUUGAAUGAAGGUUCUAUAUCAAAAUCCGAUAUUUAUGAAUAUCAAUAUGAAUAUGUAAUGUACACAGAACCAGAAAACGUAACAAGAGAAAGAUUUGCAUGGGUAGAAGAAAUUGCUCGACCAUAUCUAUAUCAAAGAGAUUCAACUAAACCUUUACAAUGUGAUUCAAGUCCAUUAUUAUCUGCAACAGAUUUACCGGGUGCUGAUUUCUUAUCAAUUAUACCAUCAUCGGCUGAUCCAUCUCUUUGUCACACAUUAUGUUGUAAUUAUAUGUCAUGCGCUGCUUGGUCAUAUGCUGCAUCGUCACCAGUAGAUUUUAACGAUUGUAAAAAAGAACAACCAUGUUGUUAUCUAAAAACUUAUGUUCCAAAGUCUCUUGAUAAUCCAAAUAUUAUAUCAGCAAUUAUGAAUCGUACAUUUCCAUAUAAUCAUCCACCGACUGGAUUAAGAUCUGCUGUACCAUUAGGUGGUAUAACAACAGGCUCAAUUGAAUUACGUGGUGAUGGAACAUUUCAUGAAUGGACAGUUGAAAGUCAAUCUCCAGCAUCUGGAGCUAAAUAUGGUGUUGUUGGUGAUGCAUUAUUAGCAAUUCGAUUAAAGAAUUUACAAACCAAUGAAACUGAUACUCGAUUAAUACGUACACAUCCACAUCAUGAUUUACAAGGUAUAGAUACUAUUAGAUAUCAUGGUUCAUAUCCUGUUAGUAAAUUAGAAUUAAUUGAUUAUACAUUAAUAGCAAAUAUGGAUUUAUAUGCCUAUUCAAUUCUUAAACCAGGAGAUUUAAAUCGUUCAAUGACACCAGCUAUUAUUUUUUCAUUAAAUAUUCAUAAUCCUAAUGAUUAUCCAAUUAGUAUUGAUUUUAUGUAUAAUGCACCAUUAUCAGUUCAAAUCGAUCAAAUAAGACUUUCAAAAAAUAUUCUACAACAAAUUGCAAGUGAUACAUAUAUUCAAUGUAUAUCAUUAUGUGAUCAAAAUAGUUUAUGUGCUUCAUGGAAUUGGCAAAAUAUGAAUAAUCAAAGUACAUGUAUAUUAUAUAGUGAUAUUGGAAAUAAUGUUCAUUUAAAUGGUCAUGUUAGUGGUAUACGUGGACAAUGGACGUACGAUAAAAGUGGUCCAUUAGUUUUAGAUCGUCCAGGACAUAUGCCUUCAAAUGGUCAAUAUGUAUUAUGGCCAUUUUUAUCUUCUGAUCAAACAAUUACAGCAACUGUUGAUAAUAAUAUUAAUAAUAUAUUAAGUAAUUUUUCAGCAUAUGGUGGAUGGUAUCAACAAACAGAAAUCAAAGGAACUGGUGCUAAUGGUGCUGUUUCAAUUUCGACAAUAUUACAACCUGGUGAGAAAAAAACUUUAUCAAUAUUAUUUGCUUGGUAUUUUCCACAUCAUAAUUGGUUAGAUUUACCAUUAGAUAAUUAUUAUUCAUUAUUAUUCAAUAAUGUAACAACAGUUGGUCAAUCAAUAGGAAUCGAUAAAGAUGAUAAUCAAUUAAAAUUAAUUCUAAAAGAUAUUUUAACAUUACAUAAUGUUUAUUUUAAUUCUAGUUUACCAAAUUAUUUAGUUGAUUCAUUAAUAAAUAGUGCUUCACAUAUGCGCAGUGCAAUGUAUUUUUCAAAUGGUGAUUGGAGACAAUGGGAAGCUUAUGAUUGUAAUGAUGUUGAUAGUGUACAUAAUGAUCAUCAACGUCAUUUACCAUAUAUUUUAUAUUUUCCUGAAACAGAAAAAAAUAAAAUGUAUACAUGGGCGAAAUAUCAACAAGCAGAUGGAAUGAUCCAAGAAACAUUUACAGUUGGUUGUAUGGGUGAUACAGUUCCAUAUGAUCAACAUGGUGGAAGAAAUAUGGGCGAUGUAACAACAAUAUUUAUAUUAGAAACAUUAGAAUUAUAUCGUUGGACAAAUGAUUUCAAUUUUUUAAAAGAUAUGUAUUCACAUGUUGUAGCUGGUAUACAAUGGCAAUUAAGUGUAUCAACAGAAUUUGGUUUACCUGAACAUUUAGAAUGUACUUAUGAUAUACCAAAUAUGAGUCAAUAUCCAACAACAACAUUUAAUUCAUUCAUGCAUUUAGCUGCAUUACGUGCAUGUAUGGAAUUAGCACUGAUUAUGAAUGAUACAAAUACUUAUAAUCAAUGUUAUGAACCAUUUAUUCGUGCUAAUAAACAAAUUGAUCAAUUAUUAUGGUAUAAAGAUACUACAGAUACAGGUUAUUUUUUAGCUUACACAGGUGGAGCAGGUGAAAAAGCAAUAUUUACAGAUGCAUUAUAUGGUCAAGUAUUAGCAUUUACAUAUGGAUUAGGUCCGUUAUAUAAUAUAUCAAUAAUGAAAAAACAUUUAGAAAGUGAAGUUAGAUUAGCUGAUACACCAUAUGGUUUAAGAAUGUUAACUGGACGUGAACCAUUAACAAAUCCACAAGAUAAUUCUAUAUGGAUGGGUGCAUCACAAGAUUGGUCUGUAUUAAAUUUAUGGUUUAACAUGGAUCCCGAUAGUGCAUUAAUACAAUCUGAAAAAGGUUUAAAUCUUGUUAGACAAACAUUAAAUGAUCAAUGGAAUGUACAUGGUUUAUAUGCAGCUGAUGGUUAUGGUAUUGGUGGAAAACCAUGGGUCACAUCACAUUAUGGUUUUCAUAUGGUUUUAUGGCAUUUACCAUUUGCAUUAUCUGGUCAAUAUACAGAUUUAGCUAAAGGUAUAUUAUUAUUUUCACCUAAAUUACGAUCACCAUUUAUUUUACCUGUACUUAUUCCAAAUAUUUUUGGAACAAUAAGUUCAACUCCAUUAUUAAAUGGACAAUCAACUUAUACAUUUACAUUAACAAUUGGAAAAUUAUCUUUAAAUACACUUGCUAUUAAUAAUGCUAAAUAUCCAAGUACUGUUAAUUUAAUAGCUGGACAAUCAAUACAAUGGAGUGGAUAA